AUGAGCUCGUCACAGAUCAAAGUCCGCUCCCUGUACCGCAAGCUCUUGCGCCAGGGAAACCAGUUUGCCGCAUACAACUUCCGCGAGUACGCCGUGCGUCGCACCAAGGAUGCUUUCCGCCAGCACAUGUCCGAGUCCGACUCGAGUAAAAUCCAAGAGCUUUUGGAGAGGGGAAACACAGAAUUGCAGAUGUUGAAGUUCUUCCAGCUAGACAGGCUAGUGGUCGAGGGAGGCAAGACCGGCAAGCAGACUGGCAACAGAAACGACAUCGUCAGACAGACCGAACAUGGCUGGGACUGA